AGACCAUCCAGGACACAUUCAGCUCUCGAGUCAAUGACUUCACCAUGAUUCUGUUCACUGUGGACUCAGAUCCUACAGAUCCAGCUGCUGAAAAUAUAUUAAGUAUAGACAAAGACAUCCAGAAGCUUCUUCAGACGUUCGGACAAAGACAUGUGGUUCUCAACAUCAAAGACAAACAGCAGAUUACAAAGAUGUUUGAGGUUGUGGACAAAAUUAGUGAGGCCACAAACAAACCACACUGUUAUACAAAGACAACAUUUCUACAUGCACAGAUGGACAAAGUCUUACAACAAGAUAAAUCCAUACAGAUGCAACAUGAUGAACUUGAGAAGCUGAAGACGAACAUGAUGACUUGUGAUGAAGUUGAAGGAAAAGACUCAGACUGUCUCAGGAUUGUGCUGAUUGGGAAGACUGGCUGUGGAAAGAGCUCUACAGGAAAUACGAUUUUAGGAAACGACAAGUUUAUAGCUGCAUCAAGUCAAAUAUCAGUCACACAAUAUUGUAAGAAGGCACACGGUGAGGUGGACGGUCGUCCUGUUGUUGUGGUCGACACUCCUGGUCUGUUUGACACAAGUUUGUCCAAUGAUGAAGUUCGGGAGGAGUUGGUGAAAUGUAUCAGCCAGCUGGCUCCAGGACCGCAUGUCUUCUUGGUGGUGAUAGGGGUUGGUAGAUUCACAGCAGAGGAGAGAGAAACGAUCAGGCUCACUAAAAGAUUCUUUGGGAAGAACUCAGAAAAGUUCACCAUCAUCCUUUUCACCAGAGGAGACGAUCUGGAGCGUCAGGGAGAGUCUAUUGAUGAUUACAUCAAGAACAAAUGUCAUGAUUCCUUUAAGAAGCUGAUCUCUAACUGUGGAGGAAGAUACCAUGUGUUCAAUAACUCUGACAAGCAAAACCGCACACAAGUCAGUGAGCUGAUAGCAAAGAUUGACACCAUGGUGAAGGACAAUGGAGGAAGCUUCUACACCAACGAGAUGCUGCAAGAGGCUGAAACUGCGAUAAGGAAGGAAAUGCAGAACAUUUUAAAGGAGAAGGAAGACGAGAUGCAGAAGGAAAAGGAAGAGAUUGAAAGAAAA